AUGGUAGGAACCCCCCUGAGACGAAGCCAGGGGGAUUCAUGGGGCCAUAGAUGGGCAACUCUUCCUCCCCCGUCUCGAGCCUCUGCCCUUCCUCGAGCCUCUGUCCUUCCUCGAGCGGCUGCUGCUGCUGUAGUCGCUGCUCCUGCAGCUCCUGCUACCGCUGCUGCUCCAGCUGCUCCUCUAGCUGCCGCUGCCGCUGCUGCUGUUGUAGUUGCAGCUCCUACAGCUCUUGCUCCUACUGCUGCUCUAGCUGCUCCUCCAGCUGCGGUUGCCGCCGCUGCUGCUCCUGAAACUCCAGCUGCCGCUACUGCUCUAGCAGAUGCUGAAGGACGGUCCUCCUCCCAGUCCCCCGACCGGUCGGCCUCGAGCCACCGCGCGCUAGAGCCCUUGGCUGCUCCAAGACGGGAGCGUGCCUCUACUCCACUCUCCCUUCCUGAUGGCCCUCAGGACUUGCGCUCCUCCGACAUCCUCCUCCUUGGCUCGAGGCCACCUCGGCAGCACGGCCCUGAGUCAGCGGCCCCGUUCCAGAGGUCUUGA